CAACUGCCCUGCAAAUAUGCUAACCCCCCCCCAUGACUCAUUAAUCGUGUGUUUCAUCAGUGGCCCAGUUACGACUCUCGUGUAAAUGUUUGCACUUCAAAUUAAUCCAUCGUGGCAUCACCGACCUUUGCAAUGUCUACGUUAAUUUUGGAACGUGGACUUUUAUCUUCUCCGAUGUGAAUCACAUAUAUUUUACUUGAUGUUAACGUUCAGCGUUGUCAAUACUGACCAUGAAUCAUGCACAAUAUCAAUGCUUCAGUGUGCGUCUCCCCACUUUCAACUGGUCGUAUCUGCGGUUCAACUUCUUAGCGCUAUAGUAUACAUGUAUUGCCUUCUUAAAUAAAGUGUCUAUUGUGGUGUUUACAAUCAGCAAGAUUCCUUUUAUUCUGAUAUUUUGUAAAAUAAGUUGUGUAUUUUAUGUCCACAACUUAUUUUACAAAAAAGUGGUAUCAUGCGAUUGAAUUGUACGGCAACAAAAACAUCAGCGACAACAAAGCAAACAAGAUAUAGGAUAACCUUGCAAAGAGAUGACUGCUCAUUGUUGCACGCUGUGUUUAAAGUACUCAGGUCUUGGAUAUAACUUAAGUUCAUUUAUCUUUGUGCCUUGAACUUGUUGAAUGGGGAAUGGAUAAAUGGUCCAUAAAUUAGACUUUCGGUGGGAAAUGGUAGCAUCACAACGAAUCAACUAAAUGAGGAAUCAAUGGACGUCCUUUGUCCUUAAGCGCAUAAACCAUUAAUUUUUCUCUGUAUGAAGUAUGCUUUAACAUCGGUCUAAUGGAGUUGCGCAACAGGGGGAGACUUUUGACCAAACCACACAUGCACACGAGCGUUUGUCAUAAUACUCUCCGAUAAUUUGUGAAAUGGACUUUGAUCAAUCCUAUAGGUGAAUCAAGGCAACAUACUGUCUCUGUCGAGUCAUUCGAUUAACGCUAUAGGCUGUAUCAAUUUUCGCAUAGUCUGUUACCAUACAAGUUUUGAGCGUUGGGAAACUUACAUGUUCAUGGUUCAGAUUUGCAAAGAUAACGUUUGCUAUAUAGAUUUGUGCAUUACAAUACUUAACAUUAUGUCCUAGAGUGUCAUCCUUACGAGUCGAUCGCUCAGAAGCCACUUUAUAUAUAAUCAACGCUCACCACUCUGUGCUUCAUAAUGCUAUCUACGACGGUUUGUCUCUCAGCCUGUCUAGUUCUAAUUAUCACUUGCUUUUCUUGGGAGCUGUCAAUGAGGAACAUACUUAUCGGGCUGGGUUUUAGUGCUUUCGUGGCAUACCUUCGUAAAUAUGUUGGGCCCAAUCUCCUACAAGUUGAGAAACAGUCUGUCUUCAUAACAGGUUGUGACAGUGGUUUCGGCCAUGCAACUGCAAAGCAUUUGGAUGCUCUUGGGAUUCAGGUCUUUGCAGGCUGUCUGUUUCCAGGCGGUGAAGGCGCUUCUCGGCUGAGAGCUGAAUGCUCGGAAAAGCUACGCGUAAUCCCAUUGGAUGUUACCAAACAGGAGGAUGUUGACGCUGCCAUAGCAACCAUCACACAAUCUAUUGGAAAUGAGGGCCUAUGGGGAGUGGUUAAUAAUGCAGGUAUCUGCCUUUGGUCUGAGCUGGAGGUCACGCCCAUGGAGACAAUCAAACAUCAUCUGGAUGUGAACCUGCUGGGUCAGAUCCGUGUUGUCAAGGCAACACUUCCUCUAUUGCGCAAGACCAGAGGUCGAGUCAUCAGUAUCAACAGCGUAAAUAGUAGUUUCUACAUGCCACUGUUUGGGGCCUACGGCAUAUCCAAGGCAGCAACCGAGAUGUUCUGCAAUAUCUUACGACUAGAAGCAAGGAAGUGGGGAAUCCAAGUGAUUACCAUUCACCCAGGAAGCUUCCGGACAGCCCUAACGACCAACCGAUAUGGCAUGCGUCAGUACCAACGUAAGUGCCUUGAACAACUUACCGCUGAACUCAAGCAAUAUUAUACACCAGGAUACUUUGAAGCGACACUUGACGUCAUAAAUCCAUCGUUUAUCCCAACGGACGUGUCACCUGUUUGUCGCACCGUAACAAGGGCUUUAUUGGAGCGAGUGCCCAGUGCCUGCUAUGAAUGUGGUCUACUGGCGGGCACCCUGAUCAAUGUAGCCCGGUGGUUGCCAACUCCUCUUUUCGAAUUCUUAAUCCGUAACAGUAGAGUGUUCAACAUAGAACCAAAUUUGAAUCCAGAUUUGAAUAUCUGAAAGGGAUAAUGAGUGGCCAACACAAGUUGGAUGUUGGGUGUUCAACUACCAGCAGUGGGCGCGGAAAUAAACAAAAAAUAAACAUGGGAAAGGGGAAGGGGGAAAAGCUGUCGGUCAUUAAGCUUUCUAUUUUUUUUUCUAAAAUUGAAGCCACAUUUAUAAAUGAUUUCCGUUCUAAAUAUUACUCUAAUGUUUCAAUUAACCAAUGUGGUUCGUGCUUCAAGUAUGAAUGGAAGGGUAUAUUUGCGUCAUCUUGGAUGCUAGCUUGAAUAUCGACUUGUUGUUUAAGUAACACAAGUCAGAUAUUGCUACCUCACUUUCAAUAAAAAACAGCAGGUAACUAUUGUUUUCCAAAGGUGAAUAAAAAGCUGAAUGGUGAAUUCGCCAAGCAAGACUUAAACGGUUAAAUAUGAACAGGCAAAAGAAACGACUUUUUUAACAAAUAUCUGUAACAAUAAAUAAAUGUUUUGGAUGGAUGAUGACCCAUUACUUGAUCAGCCCUCCGUAGUCACAAACACAGGGGUACUAAAUUCCUGGCCAAAAUUGUUGGGAAACGUGUCAAUAGCCACACCCUACCCAGGUUGCACAGACUAUGGCCCAUGAGACACAAUAUUGACCGGAGAUGGGGAGGGAAGUUUGCUCAGUAUUUUGAGAUUUGGUUGGGAUAGUUGCAAACCACCCACCUCCAUUUUCCAUUAUUGUUCACAAACACUCCUCCCGCCAUAUACUGGUUAUGAGUAAAAAUCCAAAUUACUACUCUUGGGUUUGUUAAGUGACAUGCUUUGCUUUCACAAACGUUCUUGCAGAGUUUUACGGCCACUCCAAAGAGGGUGUUGUAAGGUUGCGUCAAUAAGCAACUAAGCAAAUAUGGAAAGUACUUGUAAUUGAUUUUUAGAAACGUUUGAGAAAUGGCCGGUACAUUUUGGCAGUGUCCUAUUGGAGUUCGCAUAGGGACAAACUUGACUAAAUAAUGGAUGGUUUCUGGCCGUGGCAUUUUUGUAAAUACCGAUAUUAAACUUAUGGCCAGUGAGGCACGGAAUAACUUUAUAAAAAUGACGAUAUUAUGUUUCAGUCAGAUCAAAAUUAAAUAUAACGCGAGUUACCGAAUGGACUAUGCGCCACGAUAUAGAGGUUGUAUGCACACUAGGAAAAAAAAUCUGUUAAAUAACAUUAGAUUCCAUUGAUAAUUGGCAUUACAGAAGUUGUUCUAGGACAGCACGUUCUAGUGUCAGUUUUUCUCUGUAUACUAACAGGAAAUUCUACUGUUGUACCAUCACUAUUGGAAAAAGUGCGGUUGUCGGGUUAAUAAAACAAUUGUGUUUGUCAGUCCAGGGCACUGUUUUCAAUAAAAAGGUAUCUGGAGGUUUCUUGAAUGUUGCGUGCAUCAAUAUGUGGAUAUAUUAAUUAUCUUUCUCACACACCGUUUAAAAUCAUGAUAGUGAAACAAUAGUUGGAAGUAAGGUUAACUGAGACAAAAAGGUAUAUUUUUUAAGUUUACAUUACAGGCUUGGUGGUUAAAGUCUUGGCCUUGAGAAUCAAAAUCCUUUGCUUCAACAAGUCCUCCAAUCUCCCGGUAAAUGUCGUCAUCUCGAGCUGGAGCGCAGAUCGCGCACAGACCACUUCAUUUUACACAUGUAGAUUGAACAUCAGUAGACCGGUGUUUUUACAAAUGCACAGGUUGGCUCCGAGACACUAACGAUGUACAUGUAGUUUAUACUACGUAUA